AUGGCUGCCAAGACAACUAUUCAUGUCCCCCACCUCGGUGGCAUCACUGCCGGAUAUCGGCUUUCCGGGGCCGCCAUAGACUCGAGCAAGCCCACCCUUGUUCUCAUCAAUUCGAUGUGCACAACUUCUUCGCUGUACGAGGCUCAGUUCAACAGCAAGACGCUUACAGACGCUGUCAAUCUUUUGGCGAUUGAGCCCCUGGGCCAUGGCGCCACAAGCUCUGUCUCAGACCAAUUCACCUAUUGGGAUACAGCCACCAUGGCUCUGCAAGUCAUGGACGCCCUCAAGGUGCCCAAGGCUUUCGCGUUAGGCACGAGCCAAGGCGGCUGGAUGGUCGCUCGGAUGGCGCUGCUGGCCCCUGAAAGAAUCAUCGGCCUGCUGCCUCUCGGCACUUCAAUGGACUACGAAUCCGCCGCCUCCCGCGAGAAGGGCUGCUGGGACCCCAAGACGCAGCUCGCGCCCUUCUUUGAGAGCUGGAACAGCGCUGUCCCGACACCCGACUUUGUAGUCGACGAAAUCUGGCGCGGCAUGGUCGCCAGCCUGGGGUUCUCGGGAACUGUAGGACCCGAGACACUGUCAUUCUGGGAUGCGACGCUCAAGGCCGUCUACUCUGGUGACGAGGGCCGCAGGAAGCUCCGCAUGGCACUGCUGUGCCUGCUCGAGCGCGACGGCCUUUUGCUGCGGCUACGGGACAUCAAGUGCCCCGUGUACUGGCUUCAUGGACCCGAGGACCCCGUGUUUGGCGGCGUUGUGCCUACGGAGCAUAUCAAGCUGUUCACCUCGUCGCCCGAGGCAACUUUGACCUUUGUUGAGGGUGCAGGCCACUACCUCAACGCGACCAGCCCUCGCGAAACCGAGGAGGCGAUCCUCAAGAUGGUCAAGAAGUACGCUUAG